AUGCCCCAAGUCUGGAGGAUCCUGAGCUUCAUCGACAGGGUGACGGCGUCGUGGGACGAAGCCUUCACCCUUUAUGACUUGCUGUUACAUUACGAAAUUAGGGUCAAAGCGAAAAAUAGGAUAGCCUUGCAUGCAAAGGCGAGGUUAGAGCCUCUGGUCGGGGGGAUACAGUCAAAUGACAGAGGUUGGAAAAACAGGUUUGUUUUUGUGAAGAGAUCGUCGCUAGGGGAAGCUGGGGCGUCUCUGGUUGGUGGCUGGAAUACCGAAGGUCUUAACCCAAAACUGUUGUCGCAUCGCGACGAGUCUCAGAGUCUCUGUGACAAGUUUCUGAAGGUGUCAGAGGAGGACAGGCAGUUCAGAAGGGUUCUUUUUGCUUCUCAAGACAGUUGUUCAUCUAUGGCUUCUGGUUCGUCUCAAUCGCGUCCUAGGGGGAGUUUGGAUGGGCAGGAACUAGCUGAGAUGCUGCGCAAGCGCAAGAGGGAGUCCUCUACUGACGCUGCGUCAGCGUCGUCUAAGAAGGAGACAGCGGUUGUCGUCCACUUGGACGACGAGCUGGACGUUGCGUCUAAGACGCGCAAGACUGACUUCCUAGCCCCCCCAGACAAAAGUGGUCCUUCCUAUUCUGUGACCGUCCAAAUGACUUCAUGUCGUUGGAACGGUCCAUAUGGCCUAAGCAAACAGGUUCCUUUUUCCUAG